AAAAAUUUGAGUGGAAGGUGAAGCCAUAAAUCUUGUGAAAAGUGCAUAUGAAAAGCAUAAAUCAUGAACAAUUGAGAAUAUCUACAAUAAAUUUGUCUUUGACUACUUUCAAGUCUCUCGAAGUCGUUAGUCAAAGACAUAAAGGCACACAAAGGAAAUAAAUUUGUGCCAAAUUAAGAAGAAAAGUCCCUCAAUAUUGAAAUAGAAAAAGAAUCUAUAUUUUAAGGGAGACAUACAUAUUCAGCUAUUGUUUUUAUUUUAUCACAUAAAUAUUUAAAGUUACCAGAUGAAGAAUGAAGAAGCAAAAUAUCAGAACUUUAUCGUUGAUUGUUUGCACAUUUACAUACCUACUUAUUGGCGCUGCUGUUUUUGAUGCCUUAGAAUCGGAAACAGAAAAGAAGCGCUGGGAAGCACUACAAGCAAUUGAGGACAUAAUUGUCGAAAAAUACAAUAUCUCACCAGAUGAUUUUAAGAUAAUUGAAACAGUAAUAUUAAAAACGGAACCGCAUAAAGCAGGCAAACAAUGGAAAUUUACGGGAGCAUUUUAUUAUGUUUUAACUGUACUAACAACAAUUGGUUAUGGGCAUUCAACACCAUCAACAGUAGGUGGCAAGAUGUUUACUAUGUGCUAUGCAAUGAUAGGAAUUCCUUUGGGACUCGUUAUGUUCCAAAGUAUAGGUGAACGAGUAAACAGACUGAGUAGUUUUAUAAUACAGACCGUGAGGAAAUCUAUGCAUUGCAAGAAGACGACAGCCACAGAAUUGGAUUUAAUUUGUGUAGUUACAACACUCAGUAGUUUGACUAUUGCUGGUGGAGCUUAUGCUUUCUCGAAAUUCGAGAACUGGAGAUAUUUUGAUUCAGUUUAUUACUGUUUCAUUACACUAACAACAAUAGGUUUUGGUGAUAUGGUCGCUCUUCAACGAGACAAUUCUUUAAACACUCGUCCAGAAUACGUUAUGUUUGCUCUAAUAUUUAUCCUCUUUGGAUUAGCAAUCGUUGCUGCCUCACUUAACUUGCUUGUCCUCCGAUUUGUAACCAUGAAUACAGAAGAUGAACGACGAGAUGAAGCGGAGGCUCAACAAGCGGCUCAAGGUGCUGUAAGACUAGAAGGUGAUGUAAUAACAUCAAAUGGAUCAAUAUUAAGUGGUCACCUUGGUCAUAGGAUACAUAUAGACCAUAGUAUACAAUAUUAUCCACAACUUCAACAUCAGGAUUCAUCGUCACUAGAUGGUGACAACCAUUCAAUGUGUUCUUGCUCAUGUGGAUGUUUCCGCGCUUCCAGACACAGGCAUAAAAGAUAUCACGUGAGAAAACCCAAUCAAGUACCGUUUUAUAUUCAGCCAAUGCCUAAACCACGAUUUGACUUUCGUGAUAUUAAUAGAGAGCGCCUGAAAAAAAUCUCACUAUCGUCAUCGUCUCUUCCACCUGUUGGCUUGUUUCCAACUGAGGAUAAAUCAAAUAAAAUUCCAGCCAUCACCGAUGGCAUGUACAAUUAUUAUAGUUCACAAGACAAUAUAAAUGAUGACAUUUAUAAUUUUUAUAAUAAUGAUAAGGCACCAGAAUUACGUCAUCAAUCGCUUGAGUAUUUUGAUGAUUUUUAUCCUAUAGAAAAUCAAUUUUUAUUUGAUCCAUUGGAUGAUGAUGAUGACGAUAAUAGUGGUCCACCUCCUCAAAUGACGACAACGACAACAAUUGCAAGUUUUAAAUGUCAAACACACACUCAACAGACAACAGUUACGAUUUACAAGACGCAUAAUCGAGCAUCUUCACUUUAAUGAAUAAUUCCUUAUUUAAUCAACUUUUAUGGAUGGAUAUCCAUAUAAUUUUUAACGAGAUGUAAGGAACAUAAAUCAAAUGGUGAGAUAUAAGGAAAUAUAAUGUGUGUCAAGAAGUUAUUGUGACUUCAAACUAUAUAAAUUACUAACGGCCUGUUUCACUAAGGUGGAUUAUUCACCAAUCGGAUCAUCCAUUUUUUCAAUCCGAGGAUAAUCGAUAAAAAUUUUUACUUCAUUAAACUGCACGGUGAAUCAAAAAAAAAAGGUUUUAAGAAAAUAUUUUUUUGACGAUGGUUUUCACAAAAAAAGAUUAUCCUAGUAAGGGGCCAUUCACUUAUUACGU